GUUUGGGGCGCCGUGUGACUGGGGACCCACCCCGUCGGCCUGACUAUUUGCAUAACGGAGACCGUCGCUUCCCCCGCCCCUCUGCCGCGCUCUUCUCCCCUCCUUCGCCGUCCCCUCCACCCUUCAGCCCCGGUCCCCCACUGUCCCUGGCGGACCCUCCUGCCGGAAUCUGGCGCCGGGCUCCCAGCGGCCCGGCUCCCCUGCGGCGGCAGGGAGCUGAGUCGGGCGGCACCUGGGGGAGGGGAGUGCGGGGCAGGGCCGGGCUGGGGAAGACGCCUGGGGCACUGCCCGGCGCUAACAAAGGGAGCGGCUGCCGGCCCGAGAAGGCGUGGAGCAGGCGGAGCAGCCACAGCCCGGGCGGCCGUGUGCGCAGCGAGCAAGGUAGAGCCAGCUGUGUGGAGCUUUGAGGCCAGCAGCCCAGAGAGAAGCAGUGAAAUCCUGGAGCCCAGCUGAAAUGAACUGGCCUCCUUGAGCGGGCCCCAGCCCCCGUGCCAGGCGAGGCCUCUGUCCCAGCACUGAGCACUGAGCCUGAGUCACCGUUGGAUCCAUGUCACCUACCACUGGGCCAGAACAGCAUAGCACUCCAACAGAGUGGCUGCCCUGAACACAUCUUUCAUGAUGAUUCACACCAACCUGAAGAAAAAGUUCAGCUACUGCGUGCUGGCCUUUCUCCUGUUUGCGAUCAUCUGUGUGUGGAAGGAGAAGAAGAAAGGGAGUUACUAUGAUUCCCUUCAGCUGCAAAUCAAGGAAUUCCAGCUGUUGAAAGGUCUGCAGAAACAGGCUGUGACUUCAAGCAGCACCCAGAACCCCCCCAAGAUCAACCGGGCCCUCAGCAUUCCCCGGGGCCCAGCCCAGCCCAAGCCUGCGGCCUCCUUCCCGGUGUGGAACAAGGACAGCUCUUCCAGAAACCUCCUCCCCCGGCUGCAGAAGAUCUGGAGGAAUUAUCUGAAUAUGAACAAGUACAAAGUGUCCUAUAAGGGGCCAGGGCCAGGUGUCAAGUUCAGCGCAGAGGCCCUGCACUGCCGCCUCCGGGAUCAUGUGAACGUCUCCAUGGUAGAGUCCACAGAUUUUCCCUUCAACACCUCGGAAUGGGAGGGUUUCCUGCCCCAGGAGAACAUCAGGACCAAGGCUGGGCCAUGGGGCAGGUGUGCUGUGGUCUCCUCAGCUGGAUCUCUGAGGUCCUCCCAGCUGGGCCGAGAAAUAGUUAAUAAAGAUAGAAAGUCUCUCCAUGUUUGUAAAUAUGUGUACAACACAAAGCAAUGGAUUUGCUUAAGGCGCCCUAGUUCCCUUAUUUUGAGAGAAUGUGUUUUCCAUUAUUGUGAAAUCAAUCAGGCUAAAGGAAGCAAAGCACAGGAAACCUCGCUCUUCUCCCAGGCUCUGGAAGGUACUGGAGCAGAUGAUCAUGACGCAGUCCUGAGGUUUAAUGGGGCGCCCACAGCCAGUUUCCAACAAGACGUGGGCACGAAAACCACCAUUCGCCUGAUGAACUCUCAGCUGGUCACCACUGAAGGGCGCUUCCUCAAAGACAGUCUGUAUAAUGAGGGAAUCCUAAUUGUGUGGGACCCGUCUGUUUACCAUUCAGAUAUCCCAAAGUGGUACCAGAGCCCUGACUACAGCUUCUUUGAGAACUAUAAGAGCUACCGCAAGCUGCAUCCUGACCAGCCUUUUUACAUCCUCAAGCCCCAGAUGCCUUGGGAGCUGUGGGACAUCAUUCAGGAAAUAUCCCCAGAGGAGAUUCAGCCCAACCCCCCAUCCUCUGGGAUGCUUGGAAUCAUCAUCAUGAUGACAUUGUGUGACCAGGUGGAUAUUUACGAGUUCCUCCCAUCCAAGCGCAAGACCGAUGUGUGCUACUACUACCAGAAGUUCUUUGACAGUGCCUGCACGAUGGGCGCCUACCACCCACUCCUCUUUGAGAAGAAUCUGGUGAAACACCUCAACCAGGGCACAGACGAGGACAUUUACCUGCUGGGAAAAGCUACACUGCCUGGCUUCCGGAAAAUUCGCUGCUGAGCCUGGACUCCUGGGUCAGGUCCCCUCGCCCUUCUCCACCACAUCCGGGCAGGUCACGUUCCCGAACAAUCACAGGCUGCAUGAUGGGCCUUCUGUCACCAAGAGCCACAGGCUGCAGGAGUUCCAACAGCAGGCAGCUAGGUCCAGCCUGCCCGGAAGCUGCAGAGGUGUGCGAGCCCAAAGCCUCCCGCCGCACACCUAGCAUUCUCUCCACGCCACCUUUCCCUCCAGGGCUGCCAAAGCUGAGCUGUUUUCCCCCCCAGAAUGACGUUAUCUUCACAAACCAGCGCUCUCUGUUGCUCAACAUCUGCUCCUAGACACUGAUUUCACAUGUUAAAGAAAUUCUCCCAAAUUAUGAUUGUGUGUGGGUACAGGGUAGCUCUGGGGAGCCAGGAAGUGGUCUGAGGCAUAGGAAACAUGCUCAAUUCCUCCAGAACAAAGCUGCUCUUGAGGUCCGUACCCUUGGAAGAUGAGGCAUUCCUAUCACUCUAGCUGGCUUGGUGGGUCCUUAGCCUGGGUGCUCAUGCACAAAGGGUCGUGAUAAACCCACAUCCUCUCCGUAUGGAGAAGAGAGGCACGGAAGGACAUGGUCUCCAUCCUCCGUUUGCUCACAGUUCAGUGGGAAGGAGACGGAGGGUUCAGUGUGCUCAGUGCACGUGGAAGGGGUGGGGGUGGUGGCAGCGAUGCCGAUUUGCCCAGUUAUGAGCUUACAUGCUCAAGGGGGCAUGUAUUCGCUGUGUCUGUGGGUCGUAGGGGCCUUCGCUGAGCUUGGCUGUGGAGAUUUCAGGGGACUGGAGGAACAUGUCAGCAGAUGUUUUGAGUCAUUUGAGUUGUGUUUUCCUUUUUGCCUUUGUUGCCCAUAUUUAUUCUCUAAGGUCUGCCUGACCUUUGAGGCUCAAGUUAUUUUCUGAGGAAGCUGCUUCCCCUCUCGCAGGGCAGCCCCAUCGGAGACACCUGGCAAGCCAGAUGCCAAAAACCCAAUUUGUCCGUACUCGGCCUGGCCUGACCCUUCACUGAAGUUGGGGUCACACACCGUGUCCAUUGCUUCCCUGUUAAUGCUCGCCCCACCCCCCACCCCAGGCUGCCAUCUUGUUUUCCCCUUUAAAGUAGACUUUUUUCCUCUCUCAAAUUACUUUUAAGCAUUUUGUACUUUAAAAGUAUCCUGAUCUGAUGAUUUCUUUCACCUUCAUGGGCCUUUCACAGAAUGUCUCUCAGGGAGUGGGGAUGUGGUUCCCUAGAAUUUAAACUUGCUCUCAGAAAUGAGCACCUUAGAGACCAUAACGGAUUCUCACAAGGUUUAUCAGACAGCCAUGCCCUCCACCCCUCCAGCAAGGGGGCGAUAUCACAGUCUCCAGACAGAGGCCCUCCCACCGUGGGGUGCAAACAUGCUUCCUGGGUAGUUUUACUGCAACCUCCUUCUCCAGUGGAGAACCACACUGGACUGGUCUGGCCCCUGGGGAGGAGAACGUAAAGGACUUGCUCAGGGUCACAAAAUAAUGCUGUAAAGCCAGGGUUCAGCGCCUCUUAAGCUUGAGCCCUGGACCAGUCGUCUGGGAGCUGGAGUGCUCACGUACUGCCAGACCCUUGGCUUCUAGGGGCAGUAGCAGGAGCCCUUGAGGGAGAAGCUCUGGGUUUUCCAACUGAUCCUCCCCUAUGUACUAACCAUGCCGCCAUGAGCAAAUUUUCCUGAGACUCUGUUUCCACAUUUGUAAAAUAGGGGUGGUGAGCGUACCUCACAAGGCUGUUGUGUUACAUGAAACAUCUGUCCCAGUACUGUACUUGGCACAUAGCAGGUGCUCAGUACCUGGUGGCUUCCUCCCUCCCUCCUUCCCUCCAUUCCUCCCUUUACUAAGGACCUGCUCCAAACUCACACUUGGGCCUGACCUUGCUUUGAGGUAGGUCAGGGAGGGGGUCCUGUCAUCAGGGAAUUAACUAUCCUACUGGGAGACAACAACGACCCUGCCUGGCACCCAGGAAACCAUGCACACAAUGGAGGGUGUAGGUAUAGAAGUGUCCCUCCUCCCCCUUCUCCUCCUCACCCCACCUUCCCCCUCCUUGCAGCUCUGGCCUUUCUGCUUAGGAAUGGGCCGAGCACUUGGGCUGCCUCCUGCUGUGUGGACAAGUCUUUUCCAGCUUUCUGAGCCCAUGAAUUCCCAGCUUGCUUUAGGUCCUGAUUUGAUGCAUACAUUGCAAUCUUUAAAUCAUACACAGUGUGAGGAAGGCGCGUUCCACCAGCGAGAGAGAGGCACUGGUGUGAGACUACACUGGGUAGAUGCUAGCUUUUCAUUCUUAUUAUUAAUAUAAGGGAUCAGAUUAAUGUCAGUGUGAUUUGGGGUCUUUAGAACUUUUAAUUCUGUGUUCUCUUUAUAUGGAAACUAGUAAAAUGCAAAUCAGAGGUUAUUAUUGUUGGUCUGGUGAGAGGUUUCAUAUUUGUGACAGAUAAUUUAAAAAUGGUGACUGAGUGCCGCGGGAAAGUCCCCAUUCUGAGGGGAUCGUGUCUUUGUCAGUAGCCAUCUCUUCAUCCUAUAUCAUGAGGUCCCCCAAUCCUUCAAUCACAUAAGCUAUUCACCUUGGUUUGGAGACUUUGAUCUCAGAAGUAUCUGAAACAUGCCUAAUCAAAUUCUGAAUUACCCAAAGAUGAUGUAAAAUUUUAAAAUAAAUGUGUUUUUAAAAAGCUU